CGUACAGUAUAGUGUUUCUGCUGCAAAUUGGUGUGGUGUGUGUGGUAGGGAAAAUGCGACUGUAAUGGCGAAUUGGCGUCGGCCAAGCACUCACUCUCUCUCGCUCACUACCACUACCACAACCCACCACUUGUCUCUUUUAUUUACGGUAGUCGCCUUCUCCUCCCUCCUCGCCUGUGCUCUCUCUCCCUCCCUCCCUCUCUCUUCACCUACGACCAACAGUUCUGUUCCAUUGGAUCCUGACUUCUACGUCUUUGGAGGCAUACCACAUCUCGUCCGUCUCACGAUCACAUUCUCGGCUUCGACACGAAUUUCCAAGUCCCUCGGCUAGCAACAAAACCACCCACUCACCAGAACCGCCGCCAGACUUCCUGCCAGUCGCCUGCAAACAUGGAGGCGCUUCUCCGCCAAUCUCGGGCCAUGUGUCCCUUCUUGAACAAGACUUCGCCGGCCACCCUCCGAAGCAUGUCCACUCGCACCAAUGCCGCCUUGCCUGCUCCUGGCGGCGGUGCCAUGAGCAACCUCCAGCUCGUUGCGAAGCGCUGCCCGGUCAUGUCCAAGGCCAUGACCGUCCAGUCCGGCCGCUAUGCUCUCGCCUGCGCUGUCGGCGGCCAGCGUGCCUACCACAGCAAGGCGCCGCGAGCCAACUUGCACACCACGGCGCCCAAGGAGGCUCGCGCGGUCGAGAUGCCCUCCGCCGCUCGCCGCGAACAUGUCCCAUUCGCUCGUCAAGCGCCGGCCGCCUACUCCGCGCAGCAGCAACUGCACGGCCAGCAGAACCUGGCCCACCCUCCACCGCCACCGCAGGCUGCCCGGUUCAACUACGACGAGUUCUACAAGAAUGAGUUGGACAAGAAGCACAAGGACAAAUCUUACCGCUACUUCAACAACAUCAACCGCCUGGCCCAGGACUUCCCGCGUGCCCACAUGAACGGCGAGAAUGAGCGCGUCGACGUGUGGUGUUCCAACGAUUACCUCGGAAUGGGUCGCAACCCGCAAGUCCUGAAAAAGAUGCACGAGACUUUGGAUAAAUACGGUUCCGGCGCUGGAGGCACCCGUAACAUUUCUGGACACAACCAGCACGCAGUCGGCUUGGAAGCUGCUUGUGCCAAGUUGCACGCGAAGGAGGCGGCGCUGGUGUUCUCCUCCUGCUAUGUCGCCAACGAUGCUACGCUUGCGACCCUCGGCAGCAAGAUGCCCGACUGUGUUAUUCUGAGCGACAGCAUGAACCACGCUUCCAUGAUUCAGGGCAUCCGUCAUUCGGGCGCCAAGAAGAUUGUGUUCAAACACAACGACCUGGUCGACCUGGAGAACAAGCUGGCUUCGCUCCCGCCGAACCAGCCCAAGAUCAUCGCGUUCGAGAGUGUCUACAGCAUGUGCGGCAGCGUCGGACCCAUCGAGGAGAUUUGCGACCUUGCCGAGAAGUACGGUGCGAUCACCUUCCUCGACGAAGUCCACGCCGUCGGCAUGUACGGGCCAAACGGCGCCGGUGUAGCCGAGCACCUCGACUACGACGUCUACGCCUCCGGCCGCAGCCCCAAGGGCACCGUCCAAGACCGCGUCGACAUCAUCACCGGCACCCUCGGCAAAGCCUACGGCUGCGUCGGAGGCUACAUCGCCGGGUCCGCGGCCAUGGUCGACACGAUCCGCUCUCUCGCGCCGGGCUUCAUCUUCACCACGUCCCUCCCACCGGCGACGAUGGCGGGCGCGCAAACCGCGAUCGAAUACCAAAUGGAGCACCGCGGCGACCGCCGCCAACAGCAGCUCCACACGCGCGCGGUCAAGGCCGCCCUGGCCGCGCGGGACAUCCCCGUGAUCCCGAACCCGUCGCACAUCGUGCCCGUGCUCGUCGGCAACGCCGAGGUCGCCAAACGCGCCUCGGACCUGCUCCUCGAGAAACACGCCAUCUACGUGCAGGCGAUCAACUACCCGACCGUGCCCGUCGGCCAGGAGCGCCUCCGCAUCACGCCGACCCCGGGCCACGACGAGACGUUCCAGGAGAGGCUCGUCGCCGCCCUCGAGAGCGUCUGGUCGGAACUGGGCAUCAAGCGGACCAGCGAUUGGGCCGCCGAGGGGGGCUUCAUCGGCGUCGGCGUCAAGGACGCCACCGCCGUCGAACCGCUCUGGUCGGACGAGCAGCUCGGCUUGAACGAGGCUAAGGAGGAGGAGAAGAUCGGCGCUGCUGCGAGCGCCUGAAGGACCAAUCGGGAAGUUCUGUCGGAAGACAUGUGGCGUCUCCUAUGCUUCCAACGAUGACUCGAGCCCUGAAUCCUUCGCCAGCACCGAAUCUUUUGCAGUCGUUCCCUCGCGGACGACGACGCCUUUGUUUCUUUCUUCGCGCACUCUCCCCUUGCC